GGAGCGGCUGUCUCUUUAAGGGUCCAGCCAGAGAAGGAGGCGGGAACGCCGCCGCAGGAAGUGCCCCCUCCCGGAGCCGAGGAAGGGGAAAGGCCCCAAGAUGGCGGCGGCGGCGGCGGCGGCUGAGCGUAUCCUGACGGAGGGGGAAGGAGGCGCCAUGGACUCCUCGCUGCUCUCGCCUCCGCCUCUGCCCCAGCCUCGGGGGGAUGCGCAAACCCUGGAGCAGCUCCCGCAGAGCAACACGCUGGUGGGGCUGCCCAUUGUGGCCAUCGAGAGCAUCCUCAGCUUCCUGUCCUACGACGAGACAAGCCAGCUCCGCCUGGUCUGUAAGCGAAUGGACUUGGUGUGCCAGAGAAUGCUGAAUCAGGGAUUUCUCAAAGUGGAAAGAUACCAUAACUUGUGCCAGAAACAGGUUAAAGCACAGCUUCCAAGACGGGAAUCAGAAAGGAGAAAUCACUCACUAGCUCGCCAUGCAGACAUUCUUGCUGCUGUAGAAACAAGGUUGUCGCUGCUAAAUAUGACAUUUAUGAAGUAUGUGGAUUCUAACCUCUGCUGCUUUAUUCCUGGGAAGGUAAUUGAUGAAAUUUAUCGUGUGCUAAGGUAUGUAAACUCUACUAAAGCUCCUCAGAGAGCCCAUGAAGUCCUACAGGAAUUAAGGGACAUUUCAUCUAUGGCAAUGGAAUAUUUUGAUGAGAAGAUUGUUCCAAUUCUUAAAAGGAAAUUGCCAGGCUCAGAUGUAUCAGGACGUCUUAUUGCAGCAGCUCCAGUUCCAGGUCCUUCAGCAGCCUUAACUACAAUGCAGCUCUUCUCCAAACAAAAUCCAUCAAGGCAGGAGGUCACCAAACUCCAGCAGCAAAUUAAAACCAAUGGUGCGGGUGUGACUGUGCUGAGGCGUGAAAUUUCAGAGCUUCGCACCAAAGUGCAAGAGCAGCAGAAGCAACUUCAAGACCAAGAUCAGAAACUGCUUGAGCAAACCCAGAUCAUAGGUGAGCAGAACGCCCGACUGGCUGAGCUCGAACGCAAACUGCGAGAAGUUAUGGAAAGUGCAGUAGGAAAUUCCUCUGGAUCAACACCAAGUGAGGAGGCUCCUAGAAAACGGAAGAAAGCCACUGAAUCAAUAGGUUCGCUUAGAAAGUCGAAACGCCUUCGAAAUAAUAAAUAACUUUGAGAUAAUGAUGCCUCCAGGAGAACGCACUGCUUUAGUAGCCCAAGCAGGUUGUCUGGAUGCUGCGAUUCACAGCAUGGUGUCAUUUCGGCUGCUUGUUCUUCAGAACACGAUAGACUUGAACAACUCUCCCGUUGAUUGCUAAGACAUUACUUCCCUACCCAGCCCCAACUGUACCCUACUUCUGUUUGAGUGGGCUUACUGCACAGGAACAUUCUAAUUUGCCAUAGAUUUGUACUAACCAAACCUACUCUAUCAUGUUCUGAACAGUUAAUUUCCAUUUUCUGUGCAGAUAACUAUUAAAGUGAAACUUAUGUUUAUGCAUCUGUUCCCACGGAUGAGCAUCUUAAAUAAAUCCAGACUUAAUUGACUAGAAAAUUAAAAUUGGAUAAACAGCAGAUGUCCUGUUCACUUGAAAGACCCACUUUUUAAAAAUCUUGCAUUCUGAAAAACGUUGACUUUUUUGUUGCAAGUGACCUUCUCUAGAAUGUCUGAAAAGUAGUUUAUACAUGUGAGAGUCUGCAUAACAAGUAAUGAUGACUUCUUAAGCUUACAGUAUUGGCUAUAUAUAUUUUUGUAAAUUUAACAAGCAAGGGACUUCAGUCCAAUCUUCACAAAUGCAUACCCUACUUCUAAGCAUCUGGAGCCAUAUUUUUAUCUUGCAUGGAGAGAUGCAUGCAUUGCUUAGUCAGCUUGGUAAAGCAUUUGCCUGGAGUUGCUGUUAAAUCGUUGGCCUCUCCCACCUUUUUGUAGAGCAGUUUCUUGGUUCCUCAGCCAUGACGCUGCAUAUGCUUUCAGCACUACUGUUUCUUUACUUGUGAGGCUGCUUUGUCUCACUUUUUCAGGAGAGUAUAUAAGCCAAGGUGUAUUGCUGCUUCUGCUGCGUGUAGAUAGCACAGGUACUCUUAGCUAAAGCAGAACUUCAGAGGUUGGUUCCUUUUGCCUGUAGGUUUCUGAUGAUACACUACUGAUGCCAGUUCAAAGGAUAAAAGAUGAUUAAGUGUUGGACAUAAAGGUCUAUGUUCUUACAGUACCCCAGCUUGCUAAGGCAAUGGUUCAAGUUUUAAAAGUUUGUGUUGAGAAAAAGACCUUACUGUUAUGUGGAAAAAUCUCUCUGUAAUGCUGUGUUCUAGCUUACUUUAUCCUAAUAAGUAAAUUGACUUCAGACAAAAAAAGCUUUAAUUUCUUUUGCACUCCUCUUUUGAAGUUGUAACUGGAAAAGCAUGUCUUGCACUGUACAGUCUCUGGAUUUGUCACUUUAACAGCCUCCAAGUUGUAAUGUACAGUGAUUUUUCCUCCAGUUGUAUUUUUUUCACCUUCAACAAAUAUUGCUAUCCAUGGUUUAAUUUGUUGUUACUAAAUGAUGUAGCUCUGUUGCGCGACUGUUACAUUUUUCUUUUAAUCUGCUAUUGCUAACUGGACUUUUUUGGUAAGAUUGAAUUGGGAACAGAAAAUUACAUUUGAGUGGUAGUUCAAAGGCCACUCUUGACAGGCAUUUUGCUGCAGUACCUUUGUUUAAAAUGGAAGCUUAAUUCUUGUUUUCACUUUUCAAAGAUAAAUACAAAGCUCUCCUAAAGAUUGUUCUGGACUGUUAAGUCCAUGUUUAAUAAUUUGGAAUAGGUUUUCCCUAAACCAAAACAUUGCAAAUUGAUGUCAGGAGUUUGGAGUGUUUAAUUUUUUAAAGUAUAUUCUUCUUUUACUAUCUUAAGGCCUUUUUAACUGUGUGUGUGUGUUUUAUUUUAAAUGGGAGCAGGCUAUUGUAUCUUAGCAGUGGGCAUACACUGAAUUGUCUCAAGGAUAAUAUAAGAGUUUUGAAACAUUCACUUGAACGUUUCUUAUUUUAAGGCACUCAAUUGUACCAAACCCAGCAAGCAUCACUAUCGUUUACUAAGAAAACACUCAGGGUGCUUUCCAGAUCUGCAUAAAUGAAUAGAAGAUUUCCCAGCAAUUAUUAUUAUAUUACUUCAGUAUAUGUCAAAACUUAAUGUAUUUUGUUUUAAUUUGUUCCAUCAUCUAGUCUGUUUAUGAUGUUGAUCCCUUGAGAACAAAGGUAAACUGGAUACUUUCCAUCAUUCCCUAUGUCAUGAUGAGUUUGGAAUAGUUGGUAGUAUCCAGUGUUCCUCUGAGCUUAGUGCUAGGUGAUGUUGCCCUAGCAUAAGCCGUUGGCGUAACUAGUGCUUACUUGAGGCAGUGGGGAGAAAGCAGCAAUUUGCCAUCAAACUUUCAGCAAAAAUCACAAUUCCCCCCUAAUUUUUCCCUUUUAGUCUAAUCCAAUAUAGAAAAAUGAAGUUGCAUUAUUUAAUUUUGGCAUUAACUUUAUUAUAAAAAGUCAGCUACUUGCUGUACUAACUAAAAGUAAUACCUAGUCAGGAUUUGGCAGACAAAAGCCUACAGGAUUAGAUAUGUACUUUAACACUAAUCUUUCAUACACUACUAUUACUACUGGUUUAUAAUAGUACUAUUCUGUUUUGGGAACUGAAAUUGGGAAAGAACUCUAGACAUAGGGAAUGGAAGCUGGAAAGUUCAAACUUCUAGAGUAUAAUUUUUGUACAUAAAUGGAACAGGUCAUUAUGGUAUAGAUUGUCAACUUGUGGCUUACAGCUGCCUAUCAGUUCCAGCCAACAUAGCUAAUAGGAAUGAUUUGAGUCAUAAGUCAAAACAUCUGGAGGACAAGUUGCCAAUCCAUAUUUACUAAAAUUUGUAUUUUAAGUAACCAACAAUUUGACAGGGUAGGCAGUCCAUUCAUCUUCCUUUGCAUUCAUUGCUUGCUAUGAUUUUUUAAAAACACGCUGGAACUGUUUUUUGGUAUAUAUAAAAUUAGGAAAAAGAAUCCAGUUGUUCUAACUCCAUCAUGGCCAGAAUUUUAAAUAACGAUACCAGCAUUACAAUUCAAAUGUACAUACACAUCAAAAUGAAAUAAAACUGUUACAUGUUAGCACAUCUAAGUGCUGGAGGCUGAAAACAACUAUUUCCCUUACAUGUUUCAUUUUUUAUGCCAAGUUUAAACAAGUCAGGAUGAAUGUUAGCAAAAUCUCUUAUAUUUGAUUCAAAUAAAAUGUACAAAUUGCAAGAAUAAAAACGAACAACCUUCAUAUCUAAAUAAACAUAUAAUAAAGGAA